AUGGGCUUUCUCAGUGGAAAGCUUCGCUCUAAACCCCAAAGGAAGCUCUCCGAGCCUACAUACGAAACACCAGCGUAUGGUCAACAGCCUGUGAUACCCUCAAAGAAUCAGCAUGAACCAAACAAAUAUGGCCCACACUUUCAGAAGGGACCUCAGCAAGAGGAGAUAUACAAGCGAAGGGCAAACGGCGAGAGAAUUCCCCCGGGCCACCCGGAUCUCCAUGACCGUGCCCAUUCGUUCCACCAACCCAGGCAGCAUCAUGCAUACUCUGACCCCUUUGAGACUAGACCAGGGGUGUGGUCAAAUCAGAUGGAUGCCAAGCACAAAAAAUAUCACUUUGCAGGCGACAUUAAGGAUCCCCAGGCACUUCAAAACCACGUUGACACCCACGAGGCACAUCACCUGCGAGUUGGGCCCAAGCAUCCGUUCAUACCAGCCCACGGCCCAAUGCUCAAGACUGGAAUUGCGGCUGCUCAAGCCAUGGUGACGAGGGAGAACCUUGUCGUGCAAGGCCGUGAGGGGUUUGUUCAGAAGUAUCCUCAGGCGUACAAAACUGAAAUGGCUCUUGAAAGACACGACCGUGAGGUUGGAAACAGGAGGAGAGCGGCGGAGAAGAAACGAACAGAGCACACUACCCUGAGCGCAAACUAUGACAAGUGGGCUAGAGAGGCCCAAAAGCAGAGAUAG